AUGAACUGUGUCGUCGAAGGAAACUGCGUCAAAGCCUUUGGAAAGGCCAUUCAUGCCCUGUCACGGAUUGGUGAUGAGCUAUGGUUGGAUCCCUCGGUCAAAGGGUUGGCGCUGAGAUCGAUGAAUUCUGCUCAUUCUGCAUACGCCUGCUUCUUCUUCUCACCACUGUUCUUCCAGCACUACAGCCCAGGAUCAGUAUCAGAGCAGGGCACUGAAACAAUGACAUGCAAACUGGUCAUGAAGUCUGUGCUGUCACUUUUCCGUUGUUUGGCAUCCAUUGAGCGCACUGUGGAACGAUGCCAGAUAUCAGUCGGCACUCCCAAGGACAGAGUGAUGAUCCAGUUUUUCUGCAGGCACGGCAUCACAAAAACCCACAACCUGUAUUUCCAGGAAAGUGAAGCUCUACAGGCAGUAUUUGCCUCACACCUCUGUCCCAAUGUGCUGAAGGCUCCAGCCAGGCUUUUUGGUGAUAUGGUGAUGCAUUUCCCAGUGUCUCAGGAGGAAAUCACUCUGUCCAUGAGUCCCCUGAAUGUCAGUCUGAAAAAUUACUAUGAGGGGGGAGACGAUCACAUGAAGAUGAUAUGCACCGAGAUGUCCUUACACCCAGACGAGUUUGACUACUUUCAGUUCGGAGGGGACUCGGACAUAACAUUCUGUCUGAAGGAGCUGAGGGGUUUACUGUCCUUUGCAGAGUCACAUUCCCUGCCGGUGUUGGUCCACUUCGGUACUCCAGGAAAGCCUGUGUGCUUCUCUGUGGAGGACAUGGUGCUGGAGGCCACGGUGGUGCUGGCUACUCUCAUUGGCUCUGAAAGCAGGGGCCCCUCUCAGCCUACAGAGACCCCGGCCCAGACCCCACUCAGCCUACUUGGCUGUCCUGCCAGUGUCACUCGUCCUCCUCUGCUAACUGUCUCCCUGUGUUGUAUUGUGCUUUGGGCUCUGGGCGGAUCCGGUCACACCAGUCCCAGCUGGACUGCUGAACAUCUGGGUGUUGUUUGUUUUCUCAGGUGUGCUGUGAUACCUGUGGGUUCACGCAAGGCAGACUCGGAUAAGUCCCUGGAUAUUCCUGCUAUGACCGAGAUGGUCGCAUCGAGCCAGGGCAGCCCUAUAUUCAACCCAGACGUUAUGAUGCAGCUUCUGCCUCACAUUGACGACUCGCACAUACUUGAUGUACCUGCGGAGGCCUGCGCUAGCGCCACCACAACCCCUGCUUCCUCCAUGAUCUGCUCCCUCCUGUUCAGGGCCGUGUCCUCAGAGCAGGAUGACGAUGGUUGUGCUGCCAGACUGCCUGUCCUGGCAUGUUACAGUGACACAGAAGAGGAGAUGGAGGAAGACUGUACAAGAAGCCCUUCACUCUGAGGUCAGAGCUGUU